ACUAAAUGCCUGUCACAAAUCGUUCGCAAAAUUAACGCCAAAUCUUUUUUUCACAAUUGGAAAUUGGUUGUUCGCUGUAAGUAUCUCCCUAAAAACUAGAAUAGACGCCAAGUUAACUUCUUGGGGUCUUGGGCCAAAGUUGUAAGUGGUUAUCGUCAGCGGCAAAAAGCAGCGAGACGGCAGAUUGAAAAAUUCAGCCGGCAGACGCUUUUUUGUUGGACCAAAAUUUGCAGACGUGAGCGCCAGCGAUGUCCAACGUGGAGAUCUACGACUCCUCCAAUUCCCAGCUGAGCAGCGACGAGUAUAGCCACGAGGAGGAGGACUACGACGCCCUGAUGGACGCGGCGGUUAGCAAGCAGCGUCCCCAGAAGACCAAACCAAAGGGACCCGGAUCGGGUAAGCCCGGAAAUGGAACCGCAGAUCCACCGGCUUCGGCAGACAAGGAUGAGAAGGCGGAGAGCGCACCGGAUCCCCCUUCCACACGGGCCGAAACCCUUCAAAGGAUCCGGCAAUUGCAAUUGCAGCGGCGCCGUUGGCCCAAUCUUUAUUUCAAGCGUCGCAGCAUGCGUUGGCUGCGACCCAAUAAAAUGGACUACCAAACCUAUUUGGAGGGUCUGAAGGACUUGCUGCCCAAGCGUAGGAACAAACUGGAGCUACUGGCUCGCUAUAAGACCUGGCGCCGUAGGAGCUACGACAGCAGGAGCCCCAGUCGCAGUCGCAGUCGUAGCCACAGCCGUAGUCGCAGUCGCAGUCGUAGUCGCAGCUACUCCCGUAGUCGCAGUGGCAGCCGUUCGCCGGAACUGAUUUGUCUGGACGACACAGAGAACGAGGAGUCCCCAGAGAAACCAGAGAUAGAUACGCAGGCCAGGGUUACGCCCACCAAGGAAAAUAAACCUAAGGUUGCGGCACCACCGCCUCAGCUUAACUUCGAGCUGCCAGACAAGCUAAAUGCCCACGAGAACGGUGACUCUGUCCUCGAUGAGUUCCUAAAGAAAAAGGAGCCCCAGCAGCCGAGUUACGAUUUGGACAAGCUUCCCGCCAGCCUUGAGUUGGAGCAGGCCCUUAAUAAUGAAACGCUGGUGCAGCAGGAAGAACAGCAGACGGCCGAGUCCUUAGUGAUGGAUGCCACUCUCAAGAGGCGCCGAUCGGUGACUCCGCCCACGAGCAGCGAGAAGUGCCCCGAUCCCGAGAACCUGGAUGAAGAAGACGAUGAUACCAUUGAGUUUUUGCCAGUGAAGCAGGGCAAACCAGAGGUGGCGGAUCCACCAUUAAAUCUGCAAACGUCCGUCACACCACCAGCUAAUCCCCUACAGAAUCAGCCGGCUUUUAAGCUCAGCACACCCUAUACCCUGGCUCUUUCGUCUGCCACCAAGCAGGCAGACAAUUUGGCCAACGUCUCCUACAGUUUGAAUACUCCUACGCCGCCGGCCACACCCAUGGAGAUAGAGAUAUCAUAUCCCAACGAGAAGCUGCCAAAUAACACAAAGCUAAAUAUUCAAAACUAUUCAGCUCCGCACACAUCCCAAGUGGCGGUCACCGCACAGAGAGGCCCACCUCAAGUUGCUCCGCUAAGGGCAGUUUCAGCUCAGAAAGCUCCAGCACAGACGACUCCGUUGCAUCAAGCUGCUCUACAGCAAAUGGCUGCUCCAUCAGCACCACCACCCCAGCCGAUGGCUCCACCCAGACCAGCUCCUCCGCAGCAGCUGGCUCCACCAAGAUCAACGCCACCACAGCAGAUGGCCCCACCAAGAUCAGUACCGCCACAGCAAUUGGCUCAACCAAGAGGAGCUCCACCACAGCAGUGGACUCCUUCCAGGGCCGAACAGCCACAGCAGUUGGCUCCACCAAGAGAGGCUCAGCCACAGCAAGUGGCUCCACCAAGAGGAGUUCCGCCUCAGCAGUUGCCACCACCAAGAGAAGCUGCACCACAGCAGUUGGCUCCACCGGCACAGCAGCCACAAAUGCAUCCCCACUUGCCCCAAGUUAUUUCCACCAGUUUUGUGGUGCCACAGCAGCCGCAACCACGUCGCUCGGAGACGGUGUCCACCCAGACGCAGGUGUCGCAAUCGGCGCAGCCCACUCCGUCGCCAACCCGCCAGAAGCCCAACAUUGAUCUCAACAACAGUGAUGCUAGCUUCCAUUAUCGCAUCAAGGAGCUGUUCGAGGAAAUUGACACCAUCAUGAAGGACAAGGUGAACUCCGUGCGCCCAGAACUGAAAGCUUUCGCAGAAGAGCGUGAGCGUAUCGAUGCGGAUCUGGAAACACUGGACAAACUGAUAGCAAAGAAAGAGGAGGAAUACAAUCGGCUACUCUACCUUCGUCACGUGAAAAAGGAACUGAGUGCCCGAAUGGAGCGCUCGGAGCGCAUGACUAUGAUAAAGGACUUGCUGCCGGCCCUUCUCAACAAGAGCGUCAGCACUGAGGAACUGCUGGAAAUGCACACGCUGCUCGUUGACGAGCAGCAAGCUCCAAUGCCCUCAAAGUACGGCCUGUCGGCGGUGGAACAAUGCCUGAAUCACGCCACACUUAACCAGAACAACUUGCGUUUGCUGCGUGGAGCUAUGGGCUUGAAGGAGCAAGCCCCGCCGGUAUCCCUGCGUCAUUUCGAGGAGGAGCGACAGCUAUACAGAAGGAAUUCCUUGCCUGCACGUCAGCCACCGUUGCGCCAUGUUCGCGACAUGGCAGAGGAGCAUCAGCGAGAGUUUAACGAAGAUAAUGCUCCACCAUCCAAGCGUCCAAAGCUAUUCCACCCGCUAGACAGAUAUCAAGAGAUGGUAAAUUCCACGCCCAAUUUGGCCGCCGCUUCCUCCUCUUCCUACAAUAAAGGCCAGGGUCCGGGAAAGCCUCCUUGUUACAAUAACCUUUCCCUGGACAAUCACUUUGACAAUGAAUCACUGAUGAUCAAACCGCUGUUUAACAGCAGUCCCAUGGUGUCUCAGCGUGAACAGUCCAACAGUCAGUAUCACGAGUCACAUUCCGCCUACCGCAACGAGGAAGCAAUGGUCGAUGUCAAGCGCAAGUUAGGCAAGAGCAAGUCGCAAGACCAGAAGAGCCUCCAUAAGUCCAAGCACGAGGACGCUGUUGCCACCAACGGCAAGGAGGAUAAAAGCUGCCACGAAUGCAAGCGUCGUAAAGCCACCUACUUGUGCACCGGUUGCCAGACUCAAUGGUACUGCAGUCGUGAAUGCCAGCUGCGCGCUUGGGACACACAUUAUCGAACUUGUGGCAUGUAGGUGGAUUGCCCUUAGGAUAUCAGCAUUACUAUGUCUAUAAACUAUAACUAUACUAUAGCGUAUCGCAUCGCAAAUGCCCUACUCCAUCUACUCAACCGCGUUAGCCAUUCAAGGAUACAGGACACUGACGGACAAUUCAAAAUUGCGUUUCAUUAACUUAAUUAUUUGUACUUGUACUCAAUCACCACUCAUCCUAUAAAUAAAUCAAAUACUUCAAGACAA